CGUCGCGAUGGGGGCCGCCCGGGGCCGCGCCCCCGCGCCGCCCCGCCUGUCGCGCCUGUCGCGCCGCCGCUGAGCGCAUGGGCCGCGCGGCUCCGGGAGCCGGGCCCGGAGCCCAGUCGCCGCCGCCGUGCGCGGGACAGAUUGAUUCACUUUGGAGCUGUAAGUACUGAUGUAUUAGGGCAUCGCCCAUUGUUCCUUGACGCAGAGACCCCAAAAUGAAUAUGCAAGAGCAGGGUUUCCCCUUGGACCUCGGAGCGAGUUUCACCGAAGAUGCUCCCAGACCCCCCGUGCCCGGCGAGGAAGGCGAACUGGUGUCCGCGGACCCCAGGCCGGCCAGCCACGGCUUCUGCUCCGGGAAAGGUGCCGGCGCCAAGGGGGAGGCCUCCACAGCCACUCCGCGGCGCCCCGACCUGGACCUGGGCUACGAGCCCGAGGGGAGCGCCUCGCCCACACCCCCGUACUUGAGGUGGGCCGAGUCGCUGCACUCCCUGCUGGAUGACCAGGAUGGGAUCAACCUGUUCAGGGCCUUCCUGAAGCAGGAGGACUGUGCCGACGUGCUGGACUUCUGGUUCGCCUGCAGUGGCUUCCGGCGCCUGGAGCCUUGCGACUCCAACGAGGAGAAGAGGCUGAAGCUGGCGAAAGCCAUCUACAGGAAGUACAUCCUCGACAGCGGUGGGAUCGUGUCCAGGCACACCAAGCCGGCCACCAAGAGCUUCAUCAAGGACUGCAUCGUGAGGCAGCAGGUGGACCCUGCCACAUUCGACCAGGCCCAGACGGAAAUCCAGGCUGCCAUGGAAGCCAACACCUACCCCUCCUUCCUCAAGUCCGACAUCUACCUGGAGUACACGCGGACGGGUGUGGAGAGCCCAAAGGGCUGCGGCGACCAGAGCCCGGGGUCGGGGGCCAGCAGGGGCGUGCCCGGGUACCUGCCCACACUGAACGAGGAUGAGGAGUGGAAGUGCGACCAGGAUGCGGACACGGGCACCGGCCACGACCCCGCUCCCCCCGGCAGGCUCACUCAGCAGCUGCGCCCGGAGCCGGCUGCGCAGCGGGCCCCCUCCGGCAGGCGGUACAGCGAGGGCCGAGAGCUCAGGCAUGGAUCCUGGCGGGAGCCCGUCCACCCGUACUACGUCAACUCUGGCUACGCCCUCGCCCCGGCCACCAGUGCCAACGACAGCGAGCAACAGAGCUUGUCCAGCGAUGCCGACACCCUCUCCCUCACCGACAGCAGUGUGGAUGGAGUCCCACCCUACAGGAUCCGCAAGCAGCACCGCCGGGAGGUGCAGGAGAGCGUGCAGGCCAACGGGCGGGUGCCUCUACCUCACAUUCCUCGCACCUACCGGAUGCCAAAGGAGAUCCACGUGGAGCCGCAGAAGUUCGCCGCGGAGCUCAUCCACCGCCUGGAGGCCGUGCAGCGCACGCGGGAGGCCGAGGAGAGGCUGGAGGAGCGGCUGAAGCGCGUCAGGAUGGAAGAAGAGGGCGAGGACGUGGACGUGCCUUCCCUUCCUCCCGGGAUGGGCCACAGGCUGCCCCCUGCCCAGGCGUGGCGGCACUUCCCGGCCCGCUGCCCGGACGCGGGCUGUGCUGGGGCGCGGGACAUCCACGAGGAGAACCCCGAGAGCAUCCUCGAUGAGCACGUGCAGCGGGUCCUGCGGACGCCGGGGCGCCAGUCCCCCCAGUCCCGCUCACCCGACAGCGGGCCCCUGGCCAGGCCGCCGGGGCUGCUGAGCGGGGCCGCGCCGGGGCACGGCAAGCACGCGGCCGGCCUGCACCACCACCGGCACGUCCACCACCACGCCCACCACGGCCCCGCGAAGCCCAAGGAGCAGGGGGAGGCCGAGGCGGCCCGCAGGGCGCAGGGCGGCACCGCAUGGGGGACGGGGCCUCGCGGCCACCCCGAGAGCGCGGGCCCCGCCCCCAGCGCCCCCGACGGCCUGGGCUACAGCGGGAAGGCGAGCGCCCCCAAAAGAAGCGCCAGGAAGACCGAGUCCGGAAAGGUUGCCAGCGCCGAGGCCCCGGGCCCCACGGAAGAGGUGGAGAAAAACCAGAAGAUCAUCCAGUGGCUCAUCGAGGGCGAGAAGGAGAUCAGCCGGCACAAGAAGAGCGGCCACGGGUCUUCAGGUGUAAAGAAGCAGCAGGCCCACGAGAGCGCCAGGCCCCUGUCCGUGGAGCGUCCUGGGGCUGUGCACCCUUGGGUCAGUGCUCAGCUCCGGAACUCUGUCCAGCCUUCCCAUCUCUUCAUCCAAGACCCCACGAUGCCCCCCAACCCGGCCCCCAAUCCCUUGACGCAGCUGGAGGAGGCCCGCAGGCGCCUGGAGGAGGAGAGGAGAACCAGCAGGGCACCCACGAAGCAGAGGACGAAGUCACAGAAGAAGGCCGGUGGUGGUGGCGCCCAGCCGUGCGACGGCGUCGUUGUGGCCUACUACUUCUGUGGGGAGCCCAUCCCCUACCGGACACUGGUGCGCGGCCGUGGGGUCACCCUGGGCCAGUUCAAGGAGCUGCUGACCAAGAAGGGCAGCUACAGAUACUACUUCAAGAAGGCGAGCGACGAGUUCGACUGCGGCGUGGUGUUCGAGGAAGUGCGUGAGGACGGGGCCAUGCUGCCCGUCUUCGAAGAGAAGAUCAUAGGGAAGGUGGAGAAGGUGGACUGAGGGUGCUGGGGUGAUCCCCACCCAGUGUGGGCAGCCCCCACUCAAGGGUGCCUUGGCCUGGCCCCUGCCCGCCCUGCUCCCCCCCCGCACAGCAGGGACCAGGCCUGGGUCGGCAGGUGGGCUGCCUGUGCCUGCAGCCACUGCCCGUGUGUGCUGUGGGCCCCACGGGGCACCGGGGACCAGCCUGGGGGGGUCCCUCCGCUGCUGACUCCAGAGCCCACCUAACCCCCUCGAGCUGGCCCAGCGGCUCCAGGCCCUAUGGGGCCCCUGUAAACCAUGUGCCACUGAGUGCCUUCAACCAGCUCGUCUCGCCGCCACGGAGCGAUGCCAGCAACAGUCCCGUGCCCCUGGGCAGUAGUGGGCACCGCCCCUGUGACCGACCCCGUGGGUCCUGCCUGUGUCCAAAGGGCCCCUUGUAAAUAUGUAUAUUCUCAGGCCAGGCUCGCGAGUGGCUGCCUGGGCAUGUUUUUCAUGCGCUGACUUGUACAGUGAUCUUUUCAAAGGUACUUGGAUAAUAAUGGAAUAAACCCAUCUUAAACCUUU